UCAAAAACACUAUUUGUUAUUUUAUUUGCGUUCUUUGUUUUUGUUGGAAUUGAAUAGUUAUUUAGUGUAAAGCAAUAAAUUAUAAUCAUGUGUUCCUAGUUCGACUCUUAUUACAGUCGAAAGUAGAUAGAAAUAUCGCCGUUUUAUAGUUUUAUAUCUCGUUGUCUGGUGCAAUGUUUCAUCCAAAUAUAAACGAGUAUCAGCUGACUUCGAUCAUAGCGGAGUGUUGUGGAGGCGUUGCAGUGGUAUACUCUGCAGUUUACAAACCGUAUAAUGAAAAUGUAGCAAUCAAAAGAUAUUUUGUGGACAAGUCUAAGGAGAAGGCCAACUUAAUUCAGCAAGAUAUCUUAACAAGGAAGGAGCUCCAGCAUCCCAACAUUCUGCCAUACCUCACGUCAUUUGUGCACGGCAGAGAGCUUUAUGUGGUCUCCCCACUAAUGAACCUGGGCUCAUGUAGAGACAUCCUAGACAGGUACUUCCAGGAGGGCCUGCCGGAGUUGGCUUGCGCUAUCAUUUUGAGGGAUUUGCUACUGGCUUUGCAGUAUUUACACAGACAGUUUUAUAUUCACCGAAGUGUCCGCGCGAGUCAUGUCCUGCUAGACUCAAACGGCAAUGUCCGCCUGUCGGGCCUCCGGAGCGCGGCGUCCAUGAUGGUCCGGGGUCGGCGGCAGAAACAGCUCCACAGCUUGCCACCACCCGACCACGACAACGCAAACCUAAUGUGGCUGAGCCCGGAAUUGCUGGAACAGAAUCUCAAAGGCUACAAUGAACAAUCGGACAUGUAUUCGCUCGGCGUUCUGUGCUGUGAGCUCGCUAACGGAGCCGUGCCAUUUGCGGAGGUGCCCACCACGCUUAUGUUUACUGAGAAAGUGAGGGGGAGUCGACCGCAAUUACUAGAUUGUUCUUCAUUCCCAGAACCCCUGGAUGACGGUGAGAUGAAGAGUAUGUAUAACACAGACAGCGGAGUCGGGGACAGCGCAGAAGGGAUGUCUCGCUUGAGGGCAGCUUAUACUGCGAGGAAGCUGAGUGACAACUUCCACCACCUUAGUGACCAGUUGUUACAGAGGGACCCGGAACGCCGGCCGUCAGCCGCUCAAAUCCUAAACCACCCGUUCUUUAAGCAAAUCAGAAAGACUGACUUCUUGCCCAGCCUCAUUGGCCGGGUUAAACCUAUCAAACCUGACCCGGAUGACAUAUCGGCGCUUAUAUUGCAAGAGAAACUUUCGGAAAUGGAAAUUGAAAAGACGACCGAAUGGGACUUCUAGCAUAAACUAAAUUAUUUUCCUCGUAGGUAAUAUUUACUAUUAAAUACGAUUAGAGGCAUGCACAAAAUAUAUCACGCUAAAUCCUGACAUACAAACAAAAUUCGCCCCACUUUGGCUGUUAAUUAUUUACACAGAAAUCGGAAAUAAGUGCUGAAUGCCUUUUUUUAAGACAGUUCUUUAUACAAGAUUAUUGGUGCCUCAACAUAUAAUUUAGGAUUUAAAAAGAACCCGUCAAAUAUUUAAUAAACUACAAGGUUUUUUCCAGCCGAAUCGGGAAUUCCCCGGGUAUGGAUCUGACACACAUAGCACACGCGUUCUAAAAUCAAUUUAGGAUUCGUUAUGAAACCAUAAACACAUGACCCGCUUAUUUAAAUACCUUGCACAUAUACCGCUGCAUUUCGCUUUGUGCAAUCGCCAAGGUGAUUUCGUAUCCGGCUUGCGAUAGGCGUUAUUUGCUAAACAUUAUCGCAUUGUUGUCAAGCGUCACUUUAGCAUACAAAAAAAAAUCAAAAGUGGCGUUUGACAGCAAAUAUUGCCAUAACCACCCUGCGAGUCAACGAAACAAUAUACAACGUGUAACCGAAUUACGAAAUACUGUUCUAGGGUGCAAAAGUAUAUGUCAUAAGAAAUCACCCUGUAAAAAUAUUAAAUCAAAAGAAGCAUAUACAUUUUUCGAUACAAACAAAUUGACAACCCUAUUGAAGGUAAAAGGUCGAGACGCGCAUAGUACCUACGCUAUGACAGGAGUCACUUGAUUUAAUUUUGCAUGUGAUGUUAGGGCUGUAUCUGAUCUCUUUGAGCAAAAACCAUGGCAGUUGUUUACUCAAAAAUUAUUAGACUUUGGUUUCACAUACAUAAUAAUGUACCUCUAAACCCUGUGAGGGAAUAUUUCGGUUUUCAUUUACACGUUGUAUAAUAAAUAUUUCAGUACAAAAGGAGUAGGUUUUACACGCGUUGUUUGAAGCGUCCAAUCAAGGCGAAUAACUUGCCUCUGUGAUCGACCAAUCACAAGGCUUGAUUAAGCCGGCUGGUCCUGUGAUUGGUUGAACGCGAGUGCCAAUUGGAUUCCGCCGAGUAAGCAGAUAGGAACCUCGUGUAGCCAUCGUUUUACAAUGCUGAACUACAUCAUCGUUUUACACGCUUUUCCCCAAUUCCAUUAAGCGCUGAUUUUUCAAUUGUACUUUGUAGGUGUUAGCAGCAAGUUAGAAACAUUCAAAUUUGUAUACAACAACUGUAAUUUCUAAUGUACCUCUCACAUCAAAUAUCUGCGAUUGAAAAAUCGGCCUUAAGGUGGUCCUUGUCUGUGGCAUCGCCAUACAAAAGUCAUUGGCAGAUUGACCGCUACGGUACGUUGACGUUUAGAUCUGUAGACGUUUAGUCUGAUCAUAGAAUCCAGAACAUACAGAAGCCUCAUUCUGCUAUUAUUUCGUGCAGUGCAUUGUUACGAAAAACAGUGAAAACGCCCCGCGCACUCUUCACUUCACACCCGCGAAUGUUGCUAGCUCACAAACUUUUCCCAUUUUCCCCAUCGCUGAACGUUUAUAACAUUAGAGGUAAAUAAUUUUUUUCAGCUGCUAAAUUGAUUCGUUAAACGCCUUCUUAAUGUGGGAGGAGACCCGUGCCCUGUAGUGGGCUGGUAAUGGGUUUAUAUGAUGAUGAAAUGGAAUUAAUUGACUAACCGCCCUUUCGAGAAACUGCUAAAGUGGAGUGGUUUUUGAUGCUCGGAUACUAGUCGUGUACACGGUUUCUGUUUGUUCUUAGUUCUGAGGUUUUAUGGUACUUUCAUUCGUCUAACAGGUUAGUCCGCUACCGUCUCAGGCUGUAUCAUAACUUUAGGUGAUAUUAAAAAAAAUAAAGUUUAGGAUAAUAAAUAAUAAAUAGCAGAAUGGUCCGCACUUCUGUAUGGAGAUGCGACUAAGGCAGGGCUACCUUAAUAUCAUUUCUCAGUCAAUUAAUCAAAACAUAUUUUUCCUCACAGAGAACUAAACGAAAUGGCUAUACUAAUUACUUAGUGAAUUUAUUAGGCAGGUGAAUGUACCAAAUGACGUCAUUGUGUCAUAUAGCAAUACACAUACAAUAAAUAUAUAAUAUAUAAUAUUUUAUUAACUUGGUGAUUGUAACUUAUAGAACAAUUAUUGUUAAAUAUUGUGAUGAUUAAAGAUACUG